UGACCGGGCUCACUCCAAUGGGCGGCGCCGGGGCGACCUGAUGUUCCCGACGGCCCGUGCGUCGGCGGUGGUUGGGUGGUAAGAUGGCGGCUGUGAGUCUGCGGCUUGGCGAUUUGGUGUGGGGGAAACUCGGCCGGUAUCCUCCUUGGCCGGGAAAGAUUGUUAACCCACCCAAGGACUUAAAGAAACCGCGUGGGAAGAAAUGCUUCUUUGUAAAGUUUUUUGGAACAGAAGAUCAUGCCUGGAUCAAAGUGGAACAGCUCAAGCCAUAUCAUGCACAUAAGGAGGAAAUGAUAAAGAUUAACAAGGGGAAACGAUUCCAGCAAGCUGUGGAUGCCGUAGAAGAGUUCCUCAGGAGAGCCAAAGGGAAAGACCAGACAUCAUCCCACAGUUCUGCUGAUGACAAGAAUCGGCGUAAUUCCAGUGAGGAGAGAAGUAGGCCAAACUCAGGUGAUGAGAAGCGCAAGCUUAGCCUGUCUGAAGGGAAGGUGAAGAAGAACAUGGGAGAAGGAAAGAAGAGGGUGUCUUCAGGCUCCUCAGAGAGAGGCUCCAAGUCCCCUCUGAAAAGAGCCCAAGAGCAAAGUCCCCGGAAGCGGGGUCGGCCCCCAAAGGAUGAGAAGGACCUCACCAUCCCCGAGUCUAGUACUGUGAAGGGGAUGAUGGCCGGACCCAUGGCCGCGUUUAAAUGGCAGCCAACCGUGAGCGAGCCUGUUAAAGAUGCAGACCCUCAUUUCCAUCACUUCCUGCUCAGCCAAACCGAGAAGCCAGCUGUCUGUUACCAGGCAAUCACAAAGAAAUUGAAAAUAUGUGAAGAGGAGACUGGGUCCACCUCCAUCCAGGCAGCAGACAGCACGGCUGUGAAUGGCAGCAUCACACCCACAGACAAAAAGAUAGGAUUUUUGGGCCUUGGCCUCAUGGGAAGUGGCAUCGUCUCCAACUUGCUAAAAAUGGGUCACACGGUGACUGUCUGGAACCGGACUGCAGAGAAAGAGGGGGCCCGCCUAGGAAGAACCCCCGCUGAAGUCGUUUCAACUUGUGACAUCACGUUUGCCUGCGUGUCGGAUCCAAAGGCAGCCAAGGACCUGGUGCUGGGCCCCAGUGGUGUGCUGCAAGGGAUCCGCCCCGGGAAGUGCUACGUGGACAUGUCAACAGUGGAUGCUGACACAGUCACCGAGCUGGCCCAGGUGAUUGUGUCCAGGGGGGGCCGCUUUCUGGAAGCCCCGGUCUCAGGGAAUCAGCAGCUAUCUAAUGAUGGGAUGUUGGUGAUCUUAGCGGCCGGAGACAGGGGCUUAUAUGAGGACUGCAGCAGCUGCUUCCAGGCAAUGGGGAAGACCUCCUUCUUUCUAGGUGAGGUUGGCAACGCAGCUAAGAUGAUGCUGAUCGUGAACAUGGUCCAGGGGAGCUUCAUGGCCACCAUCGCUGAGGGGCUCACCCUGGCCCAAGUGACAGGCCAGUCCCAGCAGACACUCUUGGACAUCCUCAAUCAGGGACAGUUGGCCAGCAUCUUCCUGGACCAGAAGUGCCAAAAUAUCCUGCAAGGAAACUUUAAGCCUGAUUUCUACCUGAAAUACAUACAGAAGGAUCUCCGUCUAGCCAUUGCGCUGGGUGAUGCCGUCAACCAUCCGACUCCUAUGGCAGCUGCAGCCAAUGAGGUGUACAAAAGAGCCAAGGCACUGGACCAGUCUGACAAUGACAUGUCUGCCGUGUACCGAGCCUAUAUACACUAAGCCCUUGACCCCACCCCCACCCCCCAUCUUCCCUCUGACCCCCUCUUCCUCACAUGGAGUUGGGGUCCUGGGACUUAACUCUGGACCAGUCCACCUGUCUCCAUCUUCUUUUUUACAGACUUUGAGACUUGCCAUCAGCACAGCACACAGCAUCGCUCCUCCCCUGGAGGUCCUGGAGAGGGGAGGGGUGUCAGCAGGAUUGGCCUGUGGGAAAGCUCUUGAGCUGGGCACCGGCCUUGGACUAGGUGGCUGUGUGUUCACACACACAAACACACACACACACACACACACACAUACACACAAAACCCACCAUACUGGCUCUCGCCCCAGGAUAGAAGCUGCCCAGAAACUGCUGCCUGGCUUUUUUUUUUUUUUUUCCCUUCUUCCAAGCUGUCUUAUCUCAAACCCCUUCCAGUUGAGGAACUAGAAUCAGCAGUGAGAAGUGGAAGCUUUCCCACUGCUUCCCUCACAACGAAGAGGCUGUGGUUCUGUCCACUGUCCCCCACUGGAUCCCACGCAGGGAGAGGCUCUGGGCCAAGAUGAGCCAGCAGACUGUAAAUGGAGGGUCCCAUGGGCCCUCCCACCUCAGGUGACCAGCUGAUGAGGAUUGUCAUGUUUAAGCUACCAAUGUGCAACCAACUCUCCAUAAAUGCCUUUGUGAGCUGAAAAGGGAUUGGCAGAGUCAAGCGAAGACAGGGCUCUGGCUUUCCAGGGAAAGCAGCAAACAGCCUGCCCCUAGGUGAGCUUCAUAGAAGCCCUCUCUCCUCGCUGCUGUUCAGCACCUGCCCAGAAGUCACCGCGACUGUGGAGCCUGGGCUGGGAUCAGACUUCCUUGCUUUGGUGUAAGGGUGCUCACUCCUCACCAGGCUGUUGUAGUAUUUGGAUUUGCAUUCCAGUCCUUGGGAAGGGGGUCCUGAGGGUCACCACUGAGGAUUGAAGAGGGAAGGAGUAUGGGGUUCCUUCCUGUUUCCGUUAUGCCACAGACCCUUCACCUGGUUCUGAAGAGCCAUUCUGACCCACAUCCCCUCACAGCAGUCCCACCUUCUCCAGCCCAUCCCUGCACAAGUCCCCUGCAUGCCCACCUCUCUCCAUUCUCCUUCCCUCCCCCUUUUCCUCUCAUGGAGACAGUAUUGCUUUCUGUCUCUUCCUUCUUUGGUCCAGACCCAACCUGACCAACGAUGACCAUUUCUUAGGCUCAGCUCUUGAAACAGGAAUGAGUGUCUGCACUUAAGCCAGCAGCUUGGUUUUCGGUGCUUUCAGGGUCCUGGGGUCUGUCGGGAGGGAAGAGGAGAACUAGGCCUGACUGAACCAGAGCUACCUGACCCUCAAGAGGCAGAUCUAAGACAUCCUCGAGACACUAGCAUUUCUCCUUGGAUAGGGGACCAGAGGGGCUUAGAAUGUGGCAUAAGAACAAGGAGAAGUUACCUAAAGGAUGUCAGUGUUUUCUCCCUCUGCAUGGGUUGGAUUUUCCAAAGUCACACUGCAAAAGGUCAGCAAUUAUAGUGAAUAUGUGAUGAUAAACAUAACGAGGUGCCCACGCUGUUGUGGGGCCCCUCCCCCUCACAGGCUUGGCCCUUUUCCACUGAUCAGAACCCAGGUCAGGGGAUCUCAGAAGACAUGGGUGGAAGGCAGGGGAGAUGCCCGUGGUUUUUGGCACAGUUGUUAAUUUCACUGGGAUUUUGAAUUCUGUCUGAACACAAAGCCUGUUCUAGUCCUAGUCGGACACGGGGGGGUGGGGGUGGGGGAAGAUGCUGUAAUGAAACUGGUUAGUCAAUGUUGUCUUAAUAUUGUUGACAAUUCUGUAAAGUUCCUUUUUAUGAAUAUUUGUUUAAGCUAUUUCACCUUUGUUUUGAAAUCCUUCCCUUUUAAGGAGAAAAUGUGACACUUGUGAAAAAGUUUGUAAGAAAGCCCCUCCUCCACCACCCUUUUUUUUUUCCUUUAAACCUCCUUUAAAUGACAAAUCUAGGUAAUUAAGGUUGUGAAUUUUUAUUUUUGCUUUGUUUUUAAUGAACAUUUGUCUUUCAUAAUAGGAUUGUGUGAUAAUGUUUAAAUGGCAAAAACAAAACAUGAUUUUGUGCAAUUAACAAAAAGCUACUGCAAGCAAAAUAAAAACGUUUCUUGGUAACACAA